AUGCCAAAGCAAAGUCUAACGGCAAACAGCUCUCAGGACGAGGGUUCCCAGGAGCCCCAACAGGAGACCCUGCAGCAGAUAGCAGCCACAAUCAUCCAGAAGGCCUGGAGAAGAUAUGUGUGCAGAGAGGUGUUCAAGUAUGUCAAAGAGCUUAUCAGCGACUGCAACCAGCGGGAUCCCAAGAAGAUCCUAAAAUUGGUCAAUCCAAGAGAGGCAGAGUUGCUGGAUGCUGCCGCUGGCGUGUUCAUCAGAUUUCGACUUGGAGGGCUUACCUUUCCACCCAGCAUCUAUUACAAGAUCUACACCCAUCGACCCAUUACUGACAUGUGUGCCACUAGCCCAAAAGACUACACCCAGCCAGACCUGAAGAAGCCUGUGGCUCAACUGAAUAAAAAAACCCAGCCUCUUAAGCAGGAGGACCGAUCGGGAUGGUACCGACGCUUAGAGAACAACUGCUGGAGGCUCUUCUGUAGCAAGGUGGUGUCCAAGAGUGAGCCUGUAGAGAUCGGCACUAACAAGGAAAUGGAAUUUCACUAUUCCAAGUUGCAGCGGCAACAGGAUGUAGACAUGUGGAGGAAAAAGAGGAAAAUAGAAUGGCUGAAGCACAUGUAUAACCAGGGUCGUCUGCAGACUCACCCGGUGCAUCGACACAUGGCUGCACUGGUAGAGAACUCAGCACAGGAAGUGAUGGAAACCAUUAAGGAGAAAGGGGAUGAUGAGAUACUGGAGUGGGAGCUGGAUGAGCUGCUGGCCUGGACCAACACUCUGAACUAUGAGGAGUACAUGCAGGAUUGGAGAGGAUUGGCCUGCAGUGACUCCUCUGAGCAAAGCAAAGCUUUGUAUUCACAUCCACCCAGAUAAGGUCAACACGAGUUUGCUUCUGUGACUGCUGAUGACGGCUAGAUUAAACAGAAUAAAAUCAUUUAUGCUAAAACCCUCCCAGUGCUUAUGUGAUGGUUUCACUAUAUAAUAUUUAAACAUGUUCAGAAAUCAUCUCCAUAUCAGGAGCAACAGUGCUGUAUCUAAAAGCAGGGACACAAACCAGUGUAAUUAUAAAUUCCUGAGAGACUUAUUAUUCAUGCAAUCAAGUUAUUAUCAAUGCAAUAUUAACUUUAGAAAAAUGUGAUCAAUGUGAUUAGCUUAUGUUGAUUUGUGCUAUAACAGCAGUUAAUUGACGAUAUUCCUCCUGUGACCCGAAAUCAACAUUCUAUUAUCGAAUAUCUGUGAUGUCGAACUGUAUCAAGACAGCUCAAGACGUCUGGCUGCAUCCACAGAAUGGAUGGAUCUUACAAUAUGAUAAAAAGGGAGGAGUUGCUCCCAAUAUCAUGGGGGGGGCUAACCCUACCUCAAUCAAUAAGAUAUUGUUUUUCUACUAACAUUAUGACAUUUAUUAGAUGUCAUCAAGUCUCAUCAAAUGAUGACCGUUGGUCUAUUACUGAGUCCCAGCUAUGAAUGUUAGGAGUGUAUGAUGAGGAUCAUUUUAAAAUAAAGGAUUGUGAUGGAUCGAUUUCACAAAUGUGGAAUGUGUCUGUCUACCUUUCUCUCUCAAUGUGUUUAACAUACAAACAUAUCGCUCGAAAAGAGGGGGCACCCGGAUUUGAACCGGGGACCUCUUGAUCUGCAGUCAAAUGCUCUACCACUGAGCUAUACCCCCAUUCGUUAACAUGUUGACGUGGUCCUUUUUUAAAGAUG